GCGGCCGCGGCUGCUGCUGCGGCGGCGGCGGUGGUGGCGGCGGUGGGGUGGCGGGAGCGGAGCGGCAUGGCCACGGCGGCUUCUAACCCCUACCUGCCGGGGAACAGCCUGCUCGCGGCCGGAUCCAUUGUGCACUCGGACGCGGCCGGGGCGGGCGGCGGCGGAGGGGGCGGCGGCGGUGGCGGCGGCGGGGCGGGGGGCGGCGGCGGCGGCAUGCAGCCGGGAAGCGCCGCCGUGACCUCGGGCGCCUACCGGGGGGAUCCGUCCUCCGUCAAGAUGGUCCAGAGUGACUUCAUGCAGGGGGCCAUGGCCGCCAGCAACGGCGGCCAUAUGCUGAGCCACGCGCACCAGUGGGUCACCGCCCUGCCCCACGCUGCCGCCGCUGCCGCCGCUGCUGCCGCCGCCGCCGUGGAAGCCAGCUCUCCGUGGUCGGGCAGCGCGGUGGGCAUGGCCGGCAGCCCCCAGCAGCCACCACAGCCGCCGCCGCCGCCGCCGCAGGGCCCCGACGUGAAGGGAGGCGCUGGACGCGAAGACCUGCACGCCGGCACAGCGCUGCACCACCGCGGACCGCCGCACCUCGGGCCCCCGCCACCGCCCCCUCACCAGGGACACCCUGGAGGCUGGGGGGCCGCAGCCGCCGCUGCCGCUGCCGCCGCCGCCGCCGCUGCCGCCGCUCACCUCCCGUCCAUGGCGGGCGGCCAGCAGCCGCCGCCGCAGAGUCUGCUGUACUCGCAGCCCGGAGGCUUCACGGUGAACGGCAUGCUGAGCGCGCCCCCGGGGCCAGGCGGUGGCGGCGGCGGAGCGGGCGGUGGAGCCCAAAGCCUGGUUCACCCGGGGUUAGUGCGCGGGGACACGCCCGAGCUGGCGGAGCAUCAUCACCACCAUCACCACCACGCGCACCCGCACCCGCCGCACCCGCACCACGCGCAGGGACCCCCACAUCACGGUGGCGGCGGAGCGGGGCCAGGACUCAACAGCCACGACCCGCACUCGGACGAGGACACGCCGACGUCUGACGACCUGGAGCAGUUCGCUAAGCAGUUCAAGCAGCGGCGCAUCAAGCUGGGCUUCACCCAGGCGGACGUGGGGCUGGCUCUGGGCACUCUGUAUGGCAAUGUGUUCUCGCAGACCACCAUCUGCCGCUUCGAGGCCCUGCAGCUCAGUUUCAAGAACAUGUGCAAGCUCAAGCCGCUGCUGAACAAGUGGCUGGAGGAGGCCGACUCGAGCACCGGCAGCCCCACCAGCAUUGACAAGAUCGCAGCACAGGGCCGCAAGCGCAAGAAGCGGACCUCCAUCGAGGUUAGCGUCAAAGGCGCGCUGGAGAGCCACUUCCUCAAGUGCCCUAAACCCUCGGCGCAGGAGAUCACCAACUUGGCCGACAGCCUGCAGCUGGAAAAGGAGGUCGUGCGGGUCUGGUUCUGCAACCGACGCCAAAAGGAAAAACGCAUGACGCCCCCUGGCAUCCAGCAGCAGACGCCGGACGAUGUCUACUCGCAGGUGGGGACCGUGAGCGCUGACACACCGCCACCGCACCACGGGCUGCAGACCAGCGUGCAGUGAAUGCCGGGGCGCAGCGCGAAGUGGGCCGCCGCCACCACCUCCGCAGCCGCUGUCAGCACCGCCACGGUCACCGCCGCUGCCGUCUCUGAGCGGCCGCCGAGAACCACCGCCGCCGCUGCUGCCGCUGCUGCCGCCGCCGCCGCCGCCGCCGCCGCCGCCGCUGCCGCCGCGCAGACCCAACACCUGGCCAGUGCCAGGGUGACCAGGCCUCCUCCCCUCCGCCCAAAGACAGGCGAGCCAUGGCCCUAGGAGGGGGGAGAACAGCUGGAGACCGAUGAGACUCUUUCUGAAGUCCAAGGAAGGAGGGACCAAAAACAAAUUUUUAAGCAUAAUAAAUACCAAGACUGUUUUAUAUGCAUAUAUAACAAACAAAACCGGAAGAGGAAAAGGGAGGAACAAGGACAUCUCGUUUAUACUGUGGUGGUGUUUUGUUCCUGUUUUGAAAGAAGGGUGAAGAUGCCUAACGCACCAAAACUACACACGAGGUACUGUCCACACCGAGAUGUCCUGCUCGGCGACAGUGGAGAACACCUGCCUCUGAGAUAAGAGAGACCCCCUCCCCGUUCUUCCACUUCUUCCAAAAGGGCUGCCUAAAAGAUCCAUGGAAACUUUCUUUACUGGGAGCGACCUGAAAAGAAAGACGCACCAGGUUUCCUGCAGGUCUGACUCUGCUCCUCGACAGUGUUUUUCUUGGCCAUAUUCAAGUCUUUGGGGAACAAAUAAAUCAACUAAGAAAUGGGAAGGAAGGAGAAACAGAGUCUGGGGGGGGAGGGAAGAUUCACAGCUUCUGAAGUUAACAGACUGAACAGGAAAGCCAAAAGAAAGCAUCCUUGCCGUAAACUUGGGAAUAAAAGCAUCGCGAAAGAGCCAAGGCUGGGCGAGGCUGAAGGGUAGGUAUGUCCAGCCGCAAUCCGCCAGCGGAGAGGGCACAACAGCGGGGCCAGGGCCCAGCCUUUGAGACCGCCCAGAAGGGCCAGGUCUCCCCCACGCCACUGAACCCGGGCUUUGCCGACUGCCGCUCGGGGUGGACCAUGCCUAAAGAUUCCGCCGCUAAUAUUUUUUUUAUUAACAUUUUUUAUUUUUUAUUUCUGGACUGACUCCGAUAAAAGGGUGUGGAAAGACAGCACCAACCGCGCACUUCCCUUGACUUCUGCCCUCGAUCCGUUGCCAACUUUGAUUGAAUGGGUGCUGCGGAUGUGAUUAUGUAAUACUGCCAUUUCCAAGCAGUGUUUUUGGUAGGUUUUAAUAAACAGACUUUUCAAAUGACGGCAAUAUAGAAUCGUUAGAUCCGUUGUUGAUCUAAAAAUAUUUGCUUUAUAUUUUCAUUAAAUGACUUCUUUUAAUAUUUUAUUCAAAAUACUUAUGAACUGCUGCAAAACGGUAAUUUAUUUUUCCCCAGAUCUUGUAUUACGUGUUUUUUUCAGACGAGCACAAAUCAAAAUGAAAUGAAAAUAUGGACAGUUGUUAGGUAAUAAGGGUAUCUUUUGAUGUGAUCAUUUGAUUGUAAUUUAAUUUGAGUAGUGAUUCCGUAAGAGCUGAUUGAGAAAAUAAAUUUGUUAGAAUGAAA